AUGAUCCGAAGUCUCAGGGCCGUGAGUCGGCUGGGAGCCCGAGGGUUCUCGUCGUUCGCUGCUGCUCGUCAGGAAAACACGACUGUUGGAACCACGUACCAGGAGGAGCUGGACGUGGUGAACCAGCUCAAGGGGUCUGUGACCGCCGACGAUGUGACGCGUCUGGCUCGAAUGCGAAACAUUGGUAUCAGUGCGCACAUUGAUUCCGGAAAGACCACCUUUUCCGAGCGAAUUCUCUUUUACACUGGCCGAACCAAGGAGAUUCACGAGGUUCGGGGAAAGGACGGAGUGGGAGCCAAGAUGGACCACAUGGAUCUGGAGCGAGAGAAGGGUAUCACCAUCCAGUCUGCCGCCACCUACGCCACCUGGAUUAAGGAGAACCAGGACUACCAUUUCAACGUGAUUGAUACCCCCGGCCAUAUUGAUUUCACCAUUGAGGUUGAGCGAGCUCUGCGAGUACUCGAUGGUGCUGUGCUUGUUGUCUGUGCUGUGUCUGGAGUUCAGUCCCAGACCAUGACUGUGGACCGACAGAUGCGACGAUACAAUGUUCCCCGAGUCACCUUCAUCAACAAGAUGGACCGAAUGGGCGCCGAUCCCUGGAAGGCCAUUGACCAGAUUAACGCCAAGCUGAAGACCCGAGCUGCUGCCAUCCAGGUGCCCAUUGGCUCCGAGGGUGAUCUCGCCGGUGUUGUGGACAUUGUCAAGGAGGUUGCCUACUACAAUGACGGUGCCUCCGGAGAGACUAUUCGAGUUGCCGAGAUUCCCGAGGACCUCAAGGAGCUUGUUGCCGAGAAGCGAGACCUGCUGAUCCAGACUCUUGCCGAUGUUGAUGACGAGAUUGCCGAGUGCUACAUUCUCGAGGAGACUCCCACCGAGGAGCAACUUCGAGGAGCCAUUCGACGUGCCACCAUUGCCCGAACCUUCACUCCCGUGCUCAUGGGCUCUGCUCUGGCCAACCGAGGAGUCCAGCCCGUUCUCGAUGCCAUCUGUGAGUACCUUCCCGACCCCUCCGACGUUGUCAACACCGCUCUUGAUAUCAAGAAAGACGAGACUCCCGUGCACCUGACCCCUGCUGCCAAGGCUCCCUUUGUCGGCCUCGCUUUCAAGCUCGAAGAUGGCAAGUACGGUCAGCUGACCUACCUGCGAGUCUACCAGGGCCAGCUCAAGAAGGGCAUGUCGAUCAUCAACGCCAAGACCGGAAAGAAGACCAAGCUGGCCCGACUGGUGCGAAUGCACUCCGACGAAAUGGAGGACGUUGACUCUGUUGGUGCCGGAGAGAUCUGUGCCACAUUCGGUGUCGACUGUGCCUCUGGUGACACAUUCACCGACGGAGAAGUCACCUACUCCAUGUCUUCCAUGUUUGUUCCCGAUCCCGUUAUCUCUCUGGCCAUCACCCCUAAGGACAAGGGCUCUCUUACCAACUUCUCCAAGGCCAUGAACCGGUUCCAGAAGGAGGACCCUACUUUCCGAGUCCACUUUGACGCCGAGUCCAAGGAGACCAUCAUCUCCGGAAUGGGCGAGCUGCAUCUCGAAAUCUACGUCGAGCGAAUGAAGCGAGAGUACAACGUUGUGUGCGAGACCGGUAAGCCCCAGGUCGCCUACCGAGAGACCAUCACCACUGCCGCUCCCCUUGAUUUCACCCACAAGCGACAGUCUGGUGGUGCCGGUCAGUACGCCCGAAUCAUUGGUGAGAUGUCUCCUGUCACCGACAUGAAUGCUGUCAACGAGGGCAAGGCCACCUUUGCCGCCGAGAACAUUUUCAAGUCCGAGAUUGUCGGAGGUAAGAUUCCCGAGAAGUUCAUUCUGGCCUGUGACCGAUCGUUCCACGAGACUGCUGAGAAGGGUCCCCUGACCGGCUCCCGAGUUCUGGGUGUCGAGAUGCUCAUCAACGAUGGUAACACCCACGUUGUCGACUCUUCCGAGCUGGCCUUCAAGGUUGCUACCCAGAGAGGUUUCUACGAGACCUUCAUGCAGUGUUCUCCCGUGAUUCUGGAGCCCAUCAUGACCGUCACUCUGACUGCACCUGUCGAGUUCCAGGGAGCUCUCAUUGCUCUGAUGAACAAGAACCAGGCGCUGAUUUCCGACCAGGAUAUCGGCUCCGAGGAGGUGACUCUGUCUGGAGAAUGCUCCCUCAACCAGAUGUUUGGCUUUGCCACCCAUCUUCGAGCCUGCACCCAGGGUAAGGGAGAGUUCUCUCUGGAGUUCUCUCACUACGCCCCUUGCUCUCCUCAUCUGCAGAAGGAGCUGGUGGAUGCCCACCAGAAGAAGCUGCAGGCCGAGCGAGAUGGUAAAUAG